AUCAUAUUAAAACCAAUAAUAAUGAGUACUAGUAUGAUUUAGGAUCAACUCCUUUUAUUUUCUCAUUCCACCACUUUUCUUGGCGCUUUCUCUCCCUAUCGCAACUUGAGAGUCGCCAAUGUCGUCUACAUCUCAACCAGGAGCCACUGGUCCUCCACCAAAACCUUGGGAUAGAGCGGGGUCAUCUUCAUCUGGUCCUGCACCAUUUAGGCCACCUUCAACCGGUGCGACCAGUGAUGUUGUUGAAGCUUCUGGGACUGCAAAGCCUGGAGAAAUCGUUUCUACUUCUGAUCGUAAUACUACUGUUAACACAAAUGCUGUUGGCAGGGCUCUCCCGACAAGGCCUUGGGAGAACAAUUAUGGAACCAGUAAUUAUGGAGGAUACAGCUCUGGCUUGACAUAUAAUUCUGGAUAUGGAUCAGGGAUGUAUAAUUCAUAUGGUGGCGGAUAUGGAGGGAUGUCUGGGAGUAUGUAUGGUAAUAGCAUGUAUAGAGGGGGAUAUGGUGGUGGUCUUUAUGGUGGUUCCGGAAUGUAUGGGGGAGGAAUGUACAAUGGUGGUUAUGGAGGAGCCAUGGGUGGUUAUGGAAUGGGCAUGGGAGGACCCUUUGGACCUCAAGAUCCGAAUAAUCAACCUCCCUCCCCACCAGGGUUUUGGAUUUCUUUCCUUCGUGUGAUGGAAGGAGUGGUAGGAUUCUUUGGGCGGAUAUCUUUUCUUGUUGAUCAGAAUACUCAAGCUGUUCACUUUUUCAUGUCUGCACUCUUACAGCUUUUUGACCGAGGAGGAGUGUUAUAUGCUGAAUUGGCAAGAUUUGUAUUUAGAAUUUUGGGGAUAAGAAGAAAAUCUAGGAAGAUUGGCCCUGUGGGUCCAAACGGCCUUCCAUUGCCCGCAUCGGACAUGCAAAAUGAUCAGAAACUUAUUGAGGGACCAAAAGCUGGGCCUGCUGGUGGCUGGGAUAAUGUAUGGGGCAACGAUGCAAGCAAAUAAAGCAACAAGUUUUGGUAGUUUUGCAGCGAUCUCAAGUUGAACCUUCUGGAUGCUAGAGAGCAAGAAAGGCCUCUCCAAGUCCAAGACCUACUCUUGUGCAGCGAAUGUGAGUUGGUUUUUGCAGCUAUCUCUUCUGCAAAUCUGUAUGUUUUGUACUAUAGUUCUAUAUUUUCUAUUCUCAUCUCAUUUGAUGUUAUAGAGAUUAAGAUGAAUGAAAUGCUGGCACUUUAUGGUUGUAGAUAUGUUCAUGCUACUGUAGCUGUACCUUGCGCCUGCUUCCUGGUUGAUAAAGUAAAAAAGGAAACUGCGAAAUUUUAAUACGUCAA